AAUCUAUCCCUAUUUCUAGUGAAGGAGCACAUGAAGAGAAGAAAAUAUCAGGAGUCAAUAGACCUCAUUGUUGAAAUUCAGAAUGAACGUAUCAGAGAACGACAUGUACUCGGACAUAUACAACUUUGAUUAUAAUGACCCCUGCGAUCGGGGUCCUGGUUCAGGGUUGUCCAAUGGAUCCACGAUCUCGUCCGUACUUUACUACAUGCUGUUUGGUCUAAGUCUGCUAGGCAACACCACCGUUCUCUGGGUUCUCCUCCGGUACAUAAAACUGAAGACUAUGGCGGACAUAUGCCUCCUCAACCUGGCCCUGUCAGACCUCAUACUGGCUGUAUCACUGCCCCUCUGGGCCUACAAUUACCAGAACCUUGUAUCAUGCAAACUUAUGACAGGAGUCUAUCAGUUGGGUUUCUACAGUGGGACGUUGUUUGUGACCCUAAUGAGUGUGGACCGCUACCUGGCCAUUGUCCACGCUGUUGCAGCCAUGCGAGCCAGGACACUUUGCUAUGGAAUCAUAGCCAGCACCACUAUCUGGGUUCUAUCGGUCAUCAUGGCCAUCCCUGGGGUGAUCUUUGCCUCCUUGGAAAUGGAUGUAGAUGACAGCUACCAGUGCCAGCCACUGUAUCCAGAAGACCAGCAGCAGUUUUGGAAGAUGCUGCGAAACUUCAACGAGAACACUGUGGGCCUUUUUGUGGGUCUCCCUAUCAUGGUUUUCUGCUAUGUGAAAAUCCUUUUUGUGCUGUCCAGGUCCAGGAACUCCAAAAAGAACAGAGCUGUUAAGCUGAUAUUCAUAAUAGUGUGUGUGUUUGUGGUGUGCUGGGUCCCCUACAAUGUCACAAUUUUCCUUCAGACAAUGCAGCUGUUUCUGGACACCCUAAACACCUGCAAGGCUUCAAAAUACAUCAACUCUGCCAUAGGCUUUGCAGAGAUCAUUGCACUGUCUCACUGCUGUGUAAAUCCACUCAUCUAUGCAUUCGCAGGUGAAAAGUUUAGGAAGAACCUGGGCUAUGUGCUGAGUAGGUACUUCCGCCAGAACAGAGGGACUUUCAGCCACAGAGACACCACAGACACUUCCAACACACCUGUAAAAUCUGAUUAUUAGGAAUGAUGAACACAUCUUGCUG